AUGAGCCCUUCCAAGCUCAACAUGGUCCACUUGCAUAGCCUAUGCUCAUCCUGGAUGCACCAAGACAAGGCGUCACUUGUGGAGCUCUUCCGUCAGAACCAAGCCCGCGUAGACUACAUCCAUCGGCAGGCAUCCAAUUCCACCGCCCACCUAAACCCUAUUGGAAACUCUCUUUUUGCAAAAGUUCCGGCAACCAUUGAUUAUGAUAUUAAUCCCUAUGGUUAUAUUGUCAACGUAGGCCUUGGAACUCCUAUCAAGUUCUUCACAUUUAUGAUCGACACCGGUAGCGAUUUGACUUGGACCCAAUGUGUCCCCUGUGUUCACUGUCAUGAACAAAAAAACCCAAUUAAUGACCCAACCCAGUCCACCACCUUCAAGAACAUCCCAUGCAACUCUAAUUAUUGUACCCAACUCACUCAAUUUGGUUGCUCCUCUACCAACAAUUGCCUCUACGAGGUAGGAUAUAAUGAUAAAUCUAAAACUAACGGCUCGCUCAUUAAAGACAUCAUGACCUUAUCUAAUGAUGUUAUUUAUGACUUCGUCUUCGGCUGUGGAAAUAAUAACACCGGAGGUUAUGGACGCACAGAUGGGUUAUUAGCCCUCGGCCGGGGGCCUCUUUCAAUUAUUAACCAAAAACCUGAAUU